AUGACCACUUCACUCCCCGAAUCCAAAACGUUUGGAACUUGUUUCUCUAUGCCUGGCUACAUCAUAUGGCCCCUCUUUGGGCUUUUGAUGUACUUCCUGCUACGUCGGAAGACUGACUCUCGCCUCAAGCACAUCCCCGUCGUUCGAUACAGUGGCUACCUACCUGAUGUAUUCAACAGGUUCAUCUUCUAUCCAAGGGCUUCAUCCAUGAUUUAUCGAGGGUAUGAGAAGUACAAAGAUGGACCCUUUCGCAUACUGACGGGUGAUGGCGAGCUCGUUGUCUUGCCAGUCAGAUAUCUGACUGAGCUUCGAUAUCUUCCACCUGCAGUGAUUAGCUCUCUGGAUGCACAGUACGAGAACGCCCUAGGAGACUAUACCAAUAUCAUCAUCAACAGCUAUCUUCCCUCUAUGACGGUCCGGAAACGUUUGACUCCAAAUCUCGCGCGAGUGAUUCCGUGGGUGAUAGAUGAGCUUCGCUAUGCCUUCGAUGCCGCCAUCCCCGAAUGUGAAGACCACUGGGCAGCCAUAGACCCCCAUAAGGUAUUCGGGAACCUCAUCACCCGCGCAACAUCCCGCGUUUUAGCCGGCGACUCACUCCGCCGCAACGAACAAUGGCUCACGACAGCAAGCAAGUACUCCGUCAACGUGGGCGUGACUGUCUUCCUCCUCCGUCCUUUUCCGAAUUUUCUCCGACCCAUAGUAGCCACCUUCCUGCCCUCUGUUCGUCAAAUGAAACGCCAGCUCCGCUUCGUGAAAGACCUCUUCAUCCCCAUGAUCAUUGAGCGGCGCACCACACGCGAAAAAGCCAUCGCAGAAAAUGAUCCGGGCUAUGUGGCUCCUGAUGACUUUCUACAGUGGAUGAUGGAUAUGGCAGAAGACGAACAAGAUUUGGAUCCGGAGCUGUUGGCGCAUCAUAUGCUUUUGCUUAUGAGCCUAGCGGUUGUGCAUACGAGUUCUAUGGCAAUGUGUCAUGCACUUUAUGAUCUAAUUCUGAUGCCGGAGUAUCUUGCUCCACUACGGGAGGAGAUUGGAGAGACGCUGGUGUCUGGAUGGGAGAAUGCGACGAAGGCGUCUUUUGAUAACCAACGGAGGUUGGAUAGCUUCUUGAGAGAAUCACAGCGAUUCGGACCGCCAGGAGAAUUAUCCUUCCACCGCAUCUUGAAAAAGCCUCUAACCCUAUCAGACGGCUUGUUCCUGCCCGAAGGAACUCAUAUCUGUUUUCCCGCAGGACCAACCAGCAAAGAUCCGGCCUACGUUACCGAGCCACAGUCUUUCGAUGGAUUCCGCUGGUGCCGGGAUCCGAAAGAUCAACAUGCUCUCUCAACAUCUACCAGCACAGAAUCCGUCACAAAUGAGGAAUACUUGAUUUCUAGCGAAACGGACAAGCCAAAUGAGAGCGGGCACACUCUCUCGCUGGUUCCAUCGACAUCAACAAGCUUUGUUAGUAUCAGCGCCUCCAGUAUGCACUUUGGGGCGGGCCGGCAGGCUUGUCCAGGUCGGUUCUUUGCAGGGUGUACGAUCAAAGCGAUUUUCAGUAAGAUUCUUAUGGAUUAUGAGUUUAAGUAUGAGGAUGGAAGGGGCCAGCAAAGACCGCCGAAUAUCUGUGUUGGAGAACACAUCUUGCCGAAUACUAGUACGCCAGUGCUGUUUCGGAAGAGAGCCGUUGGGAUUUAG